AUGACCAUGACAUGUCUUUUGUCAGUCAGAUUUGUACGCUUUCAAAUACGUCAAUAUGGCAGCUUCAUUGCUAGGCUCUAUUUUUGUCCUAGUAUUUGCAGUCAACUCGGCCUAUUCUCAAAUAUGUCGCAUCGAUCUUGGAAUAAUUCUUGAUGACUCUGGCUCUAUAAAACAUUGGGGAUUUGAGCAGGAGAAAAAAUUUAUCCGAGAUGUAACAAGACAACUUCAUGUCUCGUCAAGCAACACUCGUGUUUCAGUGAUGACGUUUUCUACUCAUCCACGAAUGAGAAUCUUCUUCCGCGAUGGCUCAGCACAAAACUGGAAUUCUUUGAACUGGGCUCUUAACGGCAUAAGGCAUUCGGGUGGCUGGACACACACCGACAAGGCUUUGCAUUUGGCUCGUAACCAGAUGUUUAAUCAAGCUUAUGGAUCAAGGUCAGGAGCACCAAAGAUGCUGCUGCUGCUCACAGAUGGCAAAAGUCAGUCUGGCCACUCAAAGCUCUCUUAUGCUGCAACUCUUCUGAAAAAUAACUUCGUAAACAUUAUAAGCAUUGGCGUUGGCUACUCUGUACGACGAAGCGAGCUGGAGCUGAUUGCAUCUAGGCCAAUCCACCAGCAUGUCUUCCAAGUACGAGAUGCAGGAGCGCUGAAUAGAAUCGUCAACACCGUGAGAACAGAGGCGUGCAAACCUGUUACUUGCUGGUAUAUCGAAUGCAUUUACAAUGAAUGGUCUGCUUGGAGCAGAACAUGCGAGACAGCAACGAGAACGAGGUCUGUGCGCCAGCAAGUCAGAAAAUCAAAGAUGGUUGUCGGUGGCUGCGCAGGGCUAAAUGUGCAGAAAUGUCAACCCAAAAGCGAAACAAAGAAUCUUGGCUAUUGCCUCCAGAAAUGCAAGUACGUGAAAUGCCUGUGGGCACAAUGGAGUCCAUGGUCAGCCAGUUGUGGUAGAGCGACAAGGCAGCGAAGUAUCAAAGCGGACCCUGCUACGACUGAGAGACGAACCUGCCAAGGAUUACCUCAAAGAUGCUACGAAAGACCACAAACAGAAAAUAAGAUUACCAAAUGUACAUGCAAAUAUGUUGAAUGCAGUUAUGGGCAAUGGUCCCGAUGGUCGACGUCUUGUGGAGAUGGGCGACGCACGAGACAGAUGAAUACGAUACAAAAAACGACAGAAAGGAAUAACUGUGAUGGCCUACCUAAAACAUGCACAGGAAAGCCACAGGUUGAGACAAGGACCGAACUGUGUACAUGCAAGUAUGUUGAAUGCAAGUAUGGAUCUUGGUCUCAAUGGACCACAAGUUGCGGAAAGGGUGAAAGAGCCAGAAAGUUCCAAGCAAUUUCAAAAACAAAGAGAGCUAAAAGCUGUGACGGACUACCUCAGACAUGUUCUACAACCCCAGAAGUGGAAAAGAGAACAAAGUUGUGCACAUGCAAAUAUGUCGAAUGCCCGUAUGGACCAUGGUCUGAAUGGACCACCUCUUGCGGAAAAGGACAAAGAGCAAGGAAAAGAAAGCCAAGCCCUAAAACAAAACAAGCUGCAAGUUGUGAUGGUCUUCCACAAACAUGCUCUGCUAAAACUGAUGUUGAAACGAGAACAAAUAUGUGCACAUGCAAGUAUGUCGAGUGCCCGUAUGGACCAUGGUCUGAAUGGACCACCUCUUGUGGAAAGGGACAAAGAGCAAGGAAAAGGAAGCCAAGCCCUAAAACAAAACAAGCUGCAAGUUGUGAUGGUCUUCCACAAACAUGCUCUGCUAAAACUGAUGUUGAAAUGAGAACAAAAAUGUGCACAUGCAAGUAUGUCGAGUGCCCGUAUGGACCAUGGUCUGAAUGGACCACCUCUUGUGGAAAGGGACAAAGAGCAAGGAAAAGGAAGCCAAGCCCCAAAACAAAACAAGCUGCAAGUUGUGAUGGUCUUCCACAAACAUGCUCUGCUAAAACUGAUGUUGAAACGAGAACAAAGAUGUGUACUUGCAAAUACGUUGAAUGCCCAUAUGGACCAUGGUCUGAUUGGACAACAACCUGUGGAAAGGGACAGAGAAGUAGGAAAAUGCAGCCAAGCCCAAAAACAAAACAAGCCGAGAACUGUGAUGGGCUUCCACAAACAUGUUCAACAAAACCUGACAUUGAAGCGAGAACCAAAAUGUGUUCAUGUAAAUAUGUUGAAUGUCCAUAUGGACCAUGGUCUGAUUGGACAACAACCUGUGGUGAUGGACAAAGAGCAAGGAAAAGGAACCCAACUCCUCAAAAAAAGGAAGCUGAGAGUUGUGAUGGGCUUCCACAGACAUGUUCAACCAAACUUGAAGUUGAGAAAAGAACCAAGAAGUGCCAAUGUGACUUUGUAGAGUGCAAAUACACGGAGUGGUCUGAAUGGACGCCGAAAUGUGGCAAAAAUAUGGCGAGAAAGAGAACUUUACAGACUAUCAAGAAGACAAUUGAGAAAGAAAGCUGUGAUGGACUUCCACAGACUUGCAUUGGAGAUGCUGAGCAAACCGAGAAAAAGGACGAGCUGUGUGAAUGUGACACAGUCAAAUGUGUUCAACAAUGGAGCGCCUGGUCAGCGUCUUGUGGCUUAGCAACAAGAACUUUGAGAUUCGUUAAGGUUCCAAUCAAAGUAAAAAAAGAAUCAUGCGAAGGGCUGAAAACAACAUGUCCCAACGUGACCGAGACACAAACUGAUGACCUUUUCUGUGAGAAGACACAGCCUCCAGUUACAACAGCUCCUCCAUCUGAUGCGAUUUGUGGAGCAGGAUACAAACCAAUAGGCUGCUUCAAAAGCAAUAAAGAAACCCAAAAUGCCUUCAGUGAGAUUCUAUUCGUGGAAAGACAUGUGAAGAGCAAAACCUUUAGUUUCCACGAUUAUCUCUCAAGCUUCGUUUGCAGAUGUGCAACCAAGGCUAGAUUCAGAAAAUUCAACUUCUUUGCGGUGUCAUCAGAAGGUCAAUGUCUGGGUGGAAAAGAUGACGAUGACAGUUGGAGUAAACACAGUGCUGUUGUUGCGAAGGAGUGCAACAAUUCAUAUCAUCAACAGUGCAGUGAGGCGACACCAAUCUGCUUUGGAGCUGAGCAAACCCUCUUUGCGUAUAAAGUAACCAAUUGCCAAUGUGACUAUGUAGAGUGCAAGUACACGGAGUGGUCUAAUUGGACGCCGAAAUGUGGCAAAAAUAUGGCGAGAAAGAGAACUUUGCAAACUAUCAAGAAGACAAUUGAGAAGAAAAGCUGUGAUGGACUUCCACAGACUUGCACUGGAGAUGCUGAGCAAACGGAGAAAAAGGACGAGCUGUGUGAAUGUGACACAUUCAAGUGUAUUCAACAGUGGAGCGCCUGGUCAGCGUCUUGUGGCUUGGUAACAAGAACUUUAAGAUUCAUUAAAGUACCAAUCAAUGUAAAGAAUGAAUCAUGCGCAAGACUGGUAAUAACUUGCCCUAACGUGACCGAGACACAAACCGAUGAUCUUUUCUCAUCUGAUGUGAUUUGUGGAGCAGGAUACAAACCAAUGGGCUGCUUCAAAAACAAUAAAGAAACCCGAAAUGCCUUCAGUGAGAUUCUAUUUGUGGAAAAGCAUGCUCUCAAGCAACCAAGUCUAGAUUCAGAAAAUUCAACUUCUUUGCGGUGUCAUCAGAAGGUCGAUGUCUGGCGGGAAAAAAUGACGAUGACAGUUGGAGUAAACACUGUGCUGUUGUUGCGAAGGAGUGCAAAAAUUCGUAUCAUCAACAGUGCAGUGAGGCGAAACCAAUCUGCUUUGGAGCUGAGCAAACCCUCUUUGCGUAUAAAUGCACAAACGCAAAGAUGUAACAUUGAUAUUGGGUUCAUCCUUGAUGAAUCUGGCUCGAUCACUGAGAAUGGGUUUCGGCAAGAGAAGGAUUUUGUUAAGAAAGUCUCGGGUCGCUUGCAUGUUUCUCCAAGCAACACACGUGUUUCAGUGAUGACGUUUUCGAGGAAUCCUAACAUGCGAAUCUAUUUCAAAGAUAAAUCUGCACAAGACUGGAAUGCUCUGAGUAAUAAUCUUGACACCAUGACACAUUCAAGUGGCAGAACAAACACCGAAAAAGCUUUACAGCUGGCCAAGACAACGAUGUUCAAUCAAAACUCAGGUGCAAGGCUGGGUGUACCUAAGGUCCUUUUGCUGCUUACAGACGGUUUCAGCCAAUCCAGCACUGGAGUACUGUCACGUGCAGCAUACGCACUAAGGCAUGACGGUGUUUCCAUCAUAGUUAUAGCAGCUGGUCCACUUGUGCGCAGGGCGGAGCUGGAACUUAUUGCAUCUAGACCAGUCGAGCAGAACAUCUUUCAGGUCAGAGAUAUGACGUCACUGGGGAAUAUUGUUGCCAGAGUCAGCACACAAGCUUGUAAACCGGUAACUUGUUUCUACAACCAAUGCAUCUACAACGAGUGGUCAAAAUGGAGCGGAUCAUGCAACGAAGUGACACGCUCAAGAACCGUUCUCCAGCAAAUACGAAGAUCAAAGAUUGUAAUGGGUGGCUGUGCAGGACUCAACACCAAGGACUGUGUAACCGAUAUCGAUAAAAAGGACAUUGGGAAAUGUUUACAAUGGUGCAAGUACGUGAAAUGUUUCUGGGCUGGAUGGGGAGCUUGGUCUGCGUCAUGUGGCAGCGUUGCUAGGCAACGCAAGAUGAUAGAAGAGCCAGCUGUUGCUCAAAGAAAAUUUUGCCAAGGACUGCCACAGAGGUGUUACCAGAAACCAGAGAUUGAAACCAACAAUCUCAAAUGCGUUUCCUGUGACUACGUUGAAUGCAAAUAUACAGAAUGGUCUAAAUGGAGCCAUAGUUGUGGCAAAGAUAUGGUUCGAAAGAGAACUCUACAAACUAUAAAAAAGAAGGGUACAGACUGCACUGGAAAGCCAAAAUCCUGCACAGGGGAAACAGUGCAAAGAGAGAAAAAAGACGAACUAUGUGAGUGCGAUGCAGUCAAGUGUGUUACCCAGUGGAGUGCAUGGUCGGCCACGUGUGGUAAGGCCACUCGAACCCAGACAGUAGUCAAGGUUCCCAUUAAGGUGCGAGAAGAGUCUUGUGACAAAGUAACCAAAGACUGCCCAACCACGACAAAAACAGAAAUUGAUGAUUUAAUUUGUGUUAAAACAAAGCCCCCAGUGACGACUCCUGAACCAUCAGAUGAAAUUUGCAGAGUUAGCUACAAGCCUGUGGGGUGUUUUAAGCAGCACAACCAUUCUGCGAAUGUCCUAAACAAAGUGCUGAAAAAGAACAAGUACGAGAAGGGCAGAAUUGUUGGCUUCUCUGAUUAUCUGCAAGACAUUAUAUGCAGGUGUGCCACGAUUGCAGCUAAUCGAAAGCUUGAAUAUUUUGGCAUCUCAUCCACAGGACAUUGCCUCUAUGAAAACAGUUACCAUGACGACAGCUUCCAAGCACAUGGCAAGAUAGCAACAAAUAGGUGCAGGAACAGUUUCCAGCGGCCUUGCCUCAAAGAUGACAUUCAUUGUAUGGGUGGAAAGAACACUAUUUAUGCAUAUAGAAUCGUAGUUUGAUUUUGACUAUGACGUACAGAUAAUAAAACAUAGAAAAACCCCAGUGUAACAAACUUUUGCAUUGAUAUGCUUUGCUUAAUUAUUUAGACUUCAUCAACUGCGUUGUAUGUUUAAUUGUAACUUCUUCGGCCACCCUUUAUUACAACUGUGUCAAUGUGAUGUUAAUAUGAUAUGAUAUGAGAAUGUAAUUCCUGACCAACAGGAAUGGGUUUGCAUAUUAAUUUUGUUCACAUCAUUUGGCAAAUGAUUUGUGAGAAACUAUAGGUCAGGAAUAGGCAAAUUACAUAUUUUGCCUCAUCUUUUACUACUGAAAUUGCUGGUGAGGCAUCUUGGUCUUAUUCUAAAUUUAAUCUUCAAAGCCUUCAUUGUUCAUAAAAAACUGAAACUACCAACGUUGAUGUCGUCUUAAAGUUGAAUUCAGUAUCCAAAAACUCAGUUCGAACCUUGAAAUCACAAUUCGACAAAUCAUAAAGAGAAAAAAGAAUUGAUUCGUCCCGGGAAUCGGACUGUCUUGCAAAGGGCUUCAUGGCUUUGGAUUCGUAGAAAUUCAAAAUAUAAUUUUUUAACAGGGUCUCAAAUUUUGGUUCAUCUGAAAAAGUUUCAUAUGAAUAAAAAUUGGAGCUCUUCUCCAGAUCCUUUAAAAUGGAGAGUCUUUAGAAAUAGCACGCUUAUAAAUUGUGGUUCAGCCGACAAAUGUUUUUAGAUGUCAUUUGCAAUUGGGCACCUGCCUCCUCCUGUCCCCUACCACGAAACCCAUCAAACAUGAAAAGGGGCUUUAAGUUCUUAAGUAUUUAAACUUUGUUUCAAACUUCAAUCAUCUCGUGCAUUUUCCAAAUUCUGACCCAACCAACCAACCAAUAUCAAAAGUUGCUGUUGUUGUUCUCAAAAUGUUCAAAUUUGAUGCCCCUAGUGAUCAGUUCUGAUGCCUGAGGUUGCACCCAGGGGCUUUUUUGUACGGUGGUUGCAUAAAGAAACUGGGAAGCACUUCCAUAGCAAACAUUGUUGGAGAAUUAGCAAACAAAUAAGCAUCCAGCUUUGCAACCUAAUCGCAUCAGACCACAUCCAUCAGUGACGGACGAGCCAACCACUCUCCGCAACAACAGUUUUUUAAACUAUCAAGUUCAGUCACCUGAAGAGAGCCUGCGUGCAGCUAACUUUGAGAUCAAGAAGCAAAUAGGAACUAAAGCAGUAUGUCGCGUGGAAGGUACGAAGAUGAGCUUCUCGGACACCAUGGUCGCAAUUCUCCUCGUGGCGGCAGCCGCCGAGAGAGCAGGGAUGUGCCUUAUGAUUUUGCAUCGAGCCCAGAAAUUGAGAGAAAACGGGACAGGCCGAGCCGAAAGACGAGUAUCAGGGAUAGAAAUUUCUUCACUGAUGCUCUUGACGAAUUGGAAGUUAGCAUCAUGAAAUUUGAGGAAGAGUCAAAUGUAUUAGUGCAUGACUUUAAUGUCAUACGCAACCAGCACAUGAGUCAAGGGAAAAGAAUCAACGAUUUGCUACGAUCCUUUGAAGAGACACGUUACCGUAUCGAGCGGAUCAAUUCACGUGGCUAUCGAUCUUACGGCUCAGAUCAUGCCUCGGAUACGUCCUCAGACCACCGUGGGUCAGCUCUCUCUCUGGACAGAGGUGAAAGGUCUGGAUCAUUUAGGGAGGAAAGGUCAUCAAAAAGUCAUAGGUCAAAAUCACAGCGCAUGGAAUCCCCAAGCGAUCGCGAGCGCCAUUCUAAAGCUGAUGCAGAUAUUUAGUUGGACAUUUGCUCAGACUUUCGUCGUAGUUAGCACCGAAGCUUGUUGUAAAACUGCAUAGAUGUACACUUUUUAUUCGUAGUUUCAAUUCUAAAACGGAGGCACUGCUAUAUUCUUGUUUAGCAACUUUGUAUUUUCAUAUUUGAUGAAAUAAUUCUUGGCCACUGAAGAAGCAUUAUGAUUUAUCUGGAUUUAACAGAUUUAUCAAACUAAUAAAAAUAAUCUCA